AUGUUUGGAGAUAUUUCUGAUUUAAUUAUUUAUGAUGGUCAACAGUUUCUGUUUUUAUGGCAGUUAUUAGGAUUUUCUCUUUCUAUCACAUUUCAUAUCUUCGAGAUUAUAUCUCUUAGUAUUAUUAUUAUUAUUACACACCACUUCCUUCAAUCCCAAAAAAGAAAAUUUGUUUUUGGUAUUUUUCUUAUAUCGACAUCAGCAGUAUUAACAGCAAUUACACUAUGCACAGGGAUAAAUGGAGGUAUAGAGUCUAUUGAUUGGAAAUUAUUGAAUUCUUCUCAAAAAUUAAGUGUAGAACAACAAGGACAAUGUUGUUUUGGUUCAAUCACUUUUGACAGUGAGGAGUGUGGGUGUAUUUCUGAUGAUCACACCCAAUGUGCCAAAUGUAAUUUUGAAGAAGGAAGAAAGUGUUUAUGGAUAUCAAUUCUAAUUGAUUCUAUAACCAUUGUUCUACUUUUGUCGAUAGCUCUCUUGUCUUUGCUUCACAGACAAAUUAAUGACAUUGUUAAUAAAAAUAUUGUUGGAUAUGACCAACUGACUGAAUAA